GUUCAAUCUUCUGGGUCCUGGGGGUGGACACAGAACCUGGAAGCCUUUUGUAGGUCCUCGUGUACAGACAAAAUUCUCUCUUGGGCAAAGAGGGCUUAAUGGCCUGCUGUGGUCAUUCCUGCAACUAGAGGAACAGUCCUAUGAAUGAAAAGGCAUUUGGAGAGCCACAAGAUUCCUCGGACCCCUUUGGAGUUGCCUUCCAGGACAGAGAAAGAAUGGAGACACAACUCUUAGCAAGUGAGGGAACUGGAGAAGGCCCUUCUGCUGUUCAGCCUGGGAGCUGUGGGGAGAUCUGGGUGAGAACUGGGCAGAAGAUCCUGGAGGACAAAACCACCCAUUCAGAUGUUCAGCCGCAGAACUUCAGGAGCAUCCAAUACCAGAAGGCUGAGGGUCCCCGAGGACUUUGCAGCCGUCUCCACUACUUUUGUCGUCAUUGGUUGAGACCAGAAAAGUGCACAAAAGCACAGCUGCUGGACCUGGUUGUUCUGGAGUACCUCCUGGCCUUUCUGCCCCCACAGAUGGAGAGCUGGGUGCGGGAGUCCGGAGCAGAGACCAGCUCCCAGGCGGUGGCCCUGGCGGAAGGCUUCCUCCUGAGCCAGGCGGAGGAGCAGAAGGAUCAGGUCAAGUUGCAGUCCUUCGCUGUGGACAUCAGUGAUCCUGACGGAAGGAGGAAUCCCUCCAGUCCCCCUCAGGACCCGUUUUUCACGAGGAUCUCUCAGGAAGAUCCAAGUGAGGACACCUCAGGCCAAUGGCUGACACUACUAGCAGCUUCCUUGCAGUCUGAGGAGAAGAACCCAGCUUGUGUGCCUCUGGAUAUUCAUGGCCCCCCACCCAAAUCCCUGGGCUGUGCUCUCCCAGCACUUCAUGAAGUUGUUGAGGGAGGCACAAUUGGUCCUUCUGGGGCACCAUAA